CUCCGUAUGUAUCUUAUAAAAUGUUACGUUGGGUUAAAAGUUGACAUAAGAUGGUAAACUGAAGAAACGAGAGAGAGAUGAAGAGAAGAGAAGCAGCAGGCGCAGGUUUUGACAAGGCAGGAAGGAUUUCGAGUUGCUUCAAGGACAUAGAUGAGGAGCUUUCCUUUUUCCGCGAGCUUAAGAAGCGCGAAAAAGAUCAAUUUGGCAGCCUUCUUAACCCUAUUUCUGAUGACUUUGAAGCAAAUGGAAGCUUUGGGCUGAGCAUAAUGAAUUCGGGAGGAAGAAAAGGGGCAGAAUUCCUUGGUAAAAAUGACUACAACUGGCUGAAAACGCCUCCCGCGACGCCUCUGUUUCCAUCACUUGAGAUGGAGUCAAAUGCACAAGAACUAGUCGUUCAGAGGGAGAUACCAAUCAUCCAACCUAUUUCAAGGCAGUUUAUCGACAAGAGAAACAUGAAAAGCGCUCCGCUGGUGACCCCAAAACCAAAUAAAAUCAAGUCAUCCGUCCCAAAAAACUUUCCUAACUCAAACACGUCGAGAAACUCGACGUGUUUGAGUGCCAGGUCAUCAAUCUCGAAUGAGACCCCACCUAACUUGAGGCCCUCAUCCGCUACUAGAGGAAGGCCGGCAUAUCAGAAUCUGCCGGCCCCACCGAAGAUAAUGAGGAGGCAGCCGAGCAAUGCAGGAAAUGUUGAGAAGAGUGGUGGAGUGCAAGUUGCGGGCAGCAGGAUGGUGGACAAGUUGAUGAAUGCGAGAAUGUCGAAUGCCGAUGAUCGACGCUCCAAAAUCAAAUUGAAUGGGAGUUGUAAUGGUGAAGAGAAGAGACAGCCUAAGAUUAAGCUCGAUGCUUCCUUGAAUGAGACCUCUGGCUUUGGAAGAUUGAUGAUGUCCUCUCAAACACAUGGACAUUCAACGAGACUCCAACAGUGGAAGUAAAAUCGGCGUGCAUGCAGGAACAAAGUCUUGAGUCAUUAGCAAUGCAUGGAUGUAUGUAAGAAGGAUAAAUUAAUUAAUGCUUGAAUUUAGAUGGCUUUGAAAGAAAAGAUGAGGCGUGUGCAUUAAUGUAUAACACAAAAUCUUAGGUAAGAGGAAUGAAAUAUAUAUAAUGCAAAAUCAAAUUUUGCCAGAAACACUUGUAAAUAUGCUCAUGGAAAUUUUAGAGUUCAACUUGUAUGCAAAAUUCUUUUGAAGAUUGAAAGAUUAUCCUUCAAUGGACGAUGUUCAGGUUCAUAUUUCUAAAAAUGUCAACUUAGAUCAACGAAUAUAUAAUUCUCCAUAUGCAGAUCAAGUUGCAGUUAUAUGAGUUGAGAGAAAUAAUAAAAAUAUUUCAUUGAAGCGAGAUAUUGUAGUUCAUGCUCAUUCUGAUGACAAGCACAAAACAAAACAUUAUUACGAAUGUUACAAUCCAUUGCAAUAUCUUCUUUUUCCAAUGAACGAAACAGGUUGACAUUAAAACAUUAAAAAGAUUGAUCCCACAGUCUUUAGUUCGUAAUACAAAUUUUGCUUCUACUUCUACUUUAUUAGCAAAAAUCAUAACUGCGGGCGAUAUUAUCUCCAAUGAAGAACAAUGUAUCUCUAUUAAUUAUAAUGUUUAUAAUUAAUUUUACUAAUUUGAUAAAUUGUAGUUUUAAACUUUUCGAUUUAAGUGUGUGGAAAAAAUAAAAAUAUACUUUGAAGCCUUUCUGCUCUUACAAACAAUAAAAGAUUUAAAAUUCGUCUUACUAAUUUAGGAUGUUUUUCAUAGAUAUUUUUGCAUUUUUAUUUAGGCAUAUAUUUUAAAUAUUACUUUCUUACAUUUAAAUUUAUUCAUUAAUAGUUUCAUUGAUUCCUUUUCAAAAUUUUAAUUAAAGUCAAUUUAAUAAAUACAAUUAAUUAAUAAAAAUAUUCAAAACUAUAUAAUAAUACCUAUAUAUUUAUUUUCAUUGUAUAAUAUCGCAUGUGUUAAACGUGCAUCGCACGUUCUCACUGCUAGUACAUUCAAAUGUGUAAUAUAAUAAUUAAUUUAUUUUUAUGAAGACAAAUAAUUAUAAUUUGAAAUAUAAUAUCUUAGGCAACUAAGAAUAUUAUGUUGCCCAUCAAAUAGCAAAUACAAUUUAUUUGACUGCAUCCUAACAUU